AUGUCACUAAAAGUCGGUCUUAUAAUAACUCUACUGGUAUCUGGUCUUUUUCCGGAAACGCAGGGAAAAACUUGUGGUGGGAUUUUUUUUAUUUGUAGAAAUUUGUUGCAUACAGUUCAAGAGUAUAAAGUAGCAUUAAAGGAUCAAAUGCAAAGCUUAAACGAAGCAGUAGAAAACAAGGAGGGACUUAAGUGUCCAAAUUCCAGAUGUGUUGUAAGCCACGGAUGUCCAAAUUCCAGAUGUGUUGUAAGCCACGGAGUAAUGUCCAAAUUCCAGAUGUGUUGUAAGCCACGGAUCUCCAAACAUCGUGGUUACUAUAGGUUAAAA